UAAAGGCGCGCGCAAGGUGAGGUGAGAGAGCCUUGCAAAUAAAGCCACCCCCACCACACACCACACACCACCACCGCUCUGUCCCCCGCGCCGAUCGAGCACCAUACGAGGAGGAGAGGAGAGGCCCAUGGAGGCGCGCUCACCUGCCCCGCUUCCUCAAAUGGCCGGCGCCGCCAAGACUAUAUCCUGCGCCCGUAUGAGCAGUGCUCGCGGUUAGGUGCGCGCGCGCGUGCUCGGAGCGGGCUCACGUACGUGCACACUCGUCGGCGUCCUUACGAACGUUCGGUCAUCAUGGCCGGGAUGUUGCCCGGGGUGGAGUGCGCGCGGCGGCGGCGGAUGUGGCAGGGCGGGGGCGCCGGGGCGGACCAGGCGGCCGCGGGCACCAGGCGGCUCUCCUUCUGCCUCUACGCGGCCGGGCACGGCGCCGCUCACGCCGUGGGCACCGGAAAUUCCGGCAAUAAGCAGAGGAGCGGCGCCAUGGACGGGUGGGCGCUGGACAGCAAUGCCCGGGAGGCCAAGGAGCGGCUGGACCAGAAGCUCAAGAGCAAGAGCACCGGGCCCGACACCGUCAUCAAGAGGCAUCACAGCACGGGGAGCAUAAAGCUGAGCAGAGCAAACGGAAGCGGCGGCGGCGGUGGUGGCGGAGGGGGCUCGUCGGCGGCGGUGGCGACGGGCGUGCAGCGGGAGGUGUACUCGAAGAAGGGCGUGAUGCGGCGGCUGAUGAGGUGGAGCCGGCUGCGGUGGGAGGCCGCGGAGCAGGCGGAGUGCGCGGUGUGCCUGGAGGAGUUCGCCGCGGGCGACGUCCUGGCGCACCUGCCGUGCGGCCACCGCUUCCACUGGGGCUGCGCGCUGCCCUGGCUCGAGGGCGCCGCCGCCGCCUCGCACUCCUGCCCGUUCUGCCGCGCCGCGGUCGACGCCGGCGCGCACGCCGCCUCCUAGCGACAGCAACACCCCGCCGGGCCAUCGGUUCGACGCCCACCGCGCGCGCGCCACGGCUUCGCACGGCUUCGCACGAUGCCGUGACCGGCCGCCCCGCCGCCCGCACAUGAUGCAUGCCCUGCCACGGCGAAGUACCACUUGUAGGAUGCAUCGCCGGAACGAUGGCAGAAACUUGGGAAUGCGUAGGGAGAGAAGACGGCCGUGAAAGAAAUCCUCGCGGUCGCCGAGUUGCAUGGUUUUGGGCGCGUCGGCGCGUGGUCUGGUUCUGCCAUUUCAGUUUUCCCGGCGAGCGGUGGCCGAUGAGGUUGUGUUUGGCGGGCAUGUACAUGCAGCGGUUGUCGGUUGGCAAUGUCAGUCCGAUGUGUUACACCAUCAUCCUCUGGUCAAGAGGAAAAACUGUAUAUUAAGAGCUUAGUUGUAGCAAGGGUGGGACUUUGUGCAUCAGCAUCAGCUGUUGAAACUGAAGAAGGCGUGGCUGCCGCUGAACCUGACCAAACUGAAGAAGGCGUGGCUGCUACUGAACCUAACAAAACUGACGAAGUUGUGGUUGUUACUUGUAGAAGUGCAUGCUUUAUCUAAUGCAACCAAAAGAUCGAUCUGA